AUGGCUGAUGAUAGGGAGAAACCGAAAGAGGCUUGUUCUAAAGGGUUGAGUGAGAUAUUGGAGGAAGAUAGGAUAAGCCAAUUACCUGAUCAUUUGAUAUAUCACAUACUUGGUUAUCUCUCUAUUAAUGAUGUUGUAAGACCAAGCAUUUUGUCCACCAGGUGGAGGGGUCUCUGGCUUUGGGUUCCUCGUUUGGAACUAAGCUCCCGAGAGUUCUCUGACUUCAAUGCCUUUGCGAGUUUUGGUGACAAGUUUUUUGAUUCCGAUAGGGUGUCAUGCAUAGAAAACCUUGAGUUAACUAUUGUUGUAAAUGAGAAUACAUCUUAUUUCACUUCAUGGAUUGAUGAUGCUGUUAAGCGUAACGUCCAACAUCUACGUCUUGACUUUUGUUUAACGUCAUAUUUUGAGAGGCCCGUAAGCCUUUACGUGUGUCACACACUGGUUUCUUUAAAGCUCAAUUGUAUGACCUUGGAUGUUGUCGAGUUUUUUUCCUUCCCUCGUCUGAAGACUAUGCAUUUAACUUAUCUUUGGCUUUCCAAGGAUGCCACUUUCGAGAGAUUUGUCUCUUCUUGUCCUGUCUUGGAAGAUUUAGAAAUUUUCGGAUAUCUGGAUGCUUCUCAACCCCUUCGGGUACACUCUAGGUCACUGAAAAGACUCAUUAUUGCAGGUUGUGCUUCUACUAAGGUUGAUUCUGUUCCAGGAAUUAUCAUUGAUGCUCCUCUAUUAUGUGAUUUGGCAAUCAUAGAUGAGAAAUCAAAAAGCUUUAUAGUAAACAAUAUGGAGUACAAUGCCAAGUUAAAAAUUGAUGUCUCCUUUGGUAUUGAGGUUGUGGAUGAAGCAAGUGUUUCAUCGAGGAGGAGUCUCAUCCGUAGUUGUCUGUCAGGGAUCUUGAAGGUCGAGGAUUUGACGAUAUUUGGGGACAUUUUGUUGAAGAUCAUUCAUUACUAUUCCAAAUCAGAAUCGCUGCCACAGUUUGGUUAUAUGUCACAGCUUUCUCUCGUGGGAGAGUAUAUGAAAUGGUUUGAACCAUUUCUUGAGAGCUGCCCGAAUCUGAAAUCCCUCGUCUUGAUGGUAAAUCUGCUAAACCCUAUGAUAUUUGUUUCAUCUCUAUGA